AUGGAACAGAGCUGGAUCGACGUACAAAGACAGCAGAAGCAGCGGAAGGCACAAGCGACCACAAGCGGCACAACAAUACAGGAAGAUACAACAGCUGCACAGGAUGAACCCGCUGAACUCGAGUCGGCGCCUUCAACACCGUCAUCGACCGCGUCACUGGGUAGUCCGCCGCCCGUGCUCAGUGUCUCUGGCAGUACGGAUGAGAACCUCAAAACAUCGUUCAACACACUGCUACAAUCGGGCUCUCAUGAAGGCGCUAGCCAAGCAAGUGAUCCUGCAGCAUCACGCAGAAGGCGUGGCAAGCGUACGGGAACAGGUCAAAGGCAUCUACGCGACAACGCGGCAGAAGCGCCUGCGACCAUGGUGUCAGACUCUGAGGGACAACGGCCACCUCAGGACAAAUCGGGUCGAUGCGACGCUACUGAAGCAAGAGAGCAGCCGUCGUGGCUAUCACGCUACAUGGGCAAAUUGACAUGCUUCUCACUAGGACUCGUAUCGGGCUUGUUGCUCAGCAGUCUUGUCAGGCGUCUGAUGGUUAUGCGCUGA